GGACAGAAUCGACGAGGAAGCCGUGAGCCGCGCCCGCACUGCUGGGGCUGCGUUCACAAUCACAAAGCCCCUCAAAUCGCAAACGUCUCGAGAAAUAGUAAACUUGUUAUAACCGUGUUUUUAAGUAGGUAUUUUUUAUUUCUAUCGGUAAGGUCACUUUCUUUGAUUCGUCCAGCGAAUGCUAACAUUUUUCUAAGACUGAUUUGCGGUGGUUUACAAAGAAAGUCCCGUUCACUCCCUGUAGAAAACAGGAGAUGGCCUCUCGAGGGAAAACAGAAACGAGCAAACUGAGGCAGAAUAUGGAGGAACAACUUGACAGAUUAAUGCAGCAGCUUCAGGACCUGGAGGAAUGCAGAGAAGAACUGGAUGAGGAAGAGUAUGAAGAGACAAAGAAGGAAACUUUGGAGCAGCUGGGUGAAUUCAAUGACUCCUUAAAGAAAAUAAUGUCAGGAGACAUGACACUUGUGGAUGAACUCAGUGGGAUGCAGCUGGCGAUCCAGGCUGCCAUCAGCCAAGCCUUCAAAACCCCAGAGGUCAUACGGCUUUUUGCUAAGAAGCAGCCGGGACAGCUGAGAACCAGACUGGGAGAGAUGGAUCGGGAUGUGAUGGUGGGAAAACUGUCGCGGGACGUGUACACGCAGCAGAAAAUGGAAAUCCUCACAGCCUUGAGAAAACUGGGGGAGAAGCUCACUCCAGAAGACGAGACUUUCCUCACUGAAAAUGCCACAGCUACCCUGAGCCAGUUUGAAAAAGUGACUGCAAACCCAGGUUCCGAGGACAAAAUAAUGGCUUUAGCUAGCUCUGGUGUGAAAACCAAGUCCUAGCAGUUCUGCAUUUUAAGUUUGUUUUUACAUUUAUUUUUAAGGAAAAAAAAUGUGCCAACUGAUCGUGGAUUUUGUAAACAAUCGGGGUGCUUUUAAGUGCUGCUGUAGAUGCUAACACUUUUUAACAGUAUUGUUUUAUACUCGUCGGUCUUUGUAAAUGUCUUAUUCGUCCAGAUUAAGUGUAAAAAUGUAUUAUAGGUACGAGCGUGUGAUUUGUGAACUACAGACAGGUGCAUGAAUGUAGAGGAUGGUGCAGGCAGUUCAUUAUGAUGUUGUGGUUUUUGUGCAGUGCUUCUUCUUGUUGUGUCCCCCAAACCUGAAAAUUCAACAGUGCUGUUUUUAAGAUGUUGAUUUCCUGCACAGCAGCUGCAGCUGUUUUAUUUCAGCUAAACUGAGCUGUCUGCGGGACUUUGGAUAAAAUAAUAGAAACACCGCAUGUGCCAAAACUACACAGUGAUGUCCAUCCAUCCAUCCAGCCAUCCAUUCUCUUCCGCUUAUCCUGGUCAGGGUCGCGGGAGGUCUGGAGCCUGUCAACCCUAUUUUUUGUUGUCUGUCUCUCUGUGUUGGCCCUGCAACAGGCUGGCGCAGGGCCAACA